AUGUCCGUCAAGUUCCAGGAGGAGACCAUCCGCGCGGUCGCCAAUGCCGGCGGCAGGCCCGAGGACCUGGCGCAUCGCGUCGGUGAGCGAUUGACCGGUGGAAAAACCCAGACCGGGUAUCUUCAGGCCUAUCUCCGUCAGCUGCAGCAGAACCCGAUGCGCACUAAGAUGCUCACCUCCGGUGUGCUCUCCGGUCUUCAAGAACUUCUCGCCUCGUGGCUCGCCCAUGAUGUCGGCAAGCAUGGUCACUACUUCAGCUCGCGCAUCCCUAAGAUGUCGCUCUACGGCAUGUUCGUUGCCGCUCCGCUGGGCCAUUUCCUCAUCGGCAUUCUUCAGAAGAUCUUCGCUGGUCGCACCAGCUUGAAGGCUAAGAUCCUUCAGAUCCUUGUCAGCAACUUGAUCAUCUCCCCCAUCCAGAACGGCGUCUACCUUUCUUCGAUGGCCGUCAUCGCCGGCGCGCGCACCUUCCACCAGGUCCGCGCCACCGUCAAGGCCGGCUUCAUGCCCGUCAUGAAGGUUAGCUGGGUCACCUCCCCUCUGGCGCUGGCCUUCGCCCAGAAGUUCCUCCCCGAGCACACCUGGGUGCCCUUCUUCAACAUCAUCGGUUUCUUCAUCGGCACCUACGUCAACACCCACACCAAGAAGAAGCGUCUGGAAGCUCUCCGCAAGCGCUACGACCAGCGCCGCGGCGGCGAGUACGAGAAGCGCGACUACCCUUGA